UGUGCACUAUCUUUUGGAAAAUUAUAUAAUAAUACGAAUAAGUUUCUCUGUUGGUUUAUUUUCAACAAGGAUUCUUUUUCUUUUGAUAUAUAUUUUAUUUUACCAAGUGUAUGAGAUGGGGGAUUAUCCAGCAGUUGUACAAUCACAAAUACAAGGAGGUGAUCAUGAAGAAGCUAAAAGGGAAGAAAUCACCUCUGAGAAUGGAAAUGAAUUAAAAGCUCCUACUUUGGUACAUUACAAAUGGUGGAUCCAAAUGGUCAUUUAUUCAAUAUUAGUUCUAUCUACCCAAGCUAUAGGUACACUCUUAGGUAGAAUAUAUUUUGAAAAAGGAGGAAAUAGCAAAUGGUUAGCCACAUUAGUACAAACUAUAGCCUUCCCAAUUCUCAUCCCUUUCCUCUUUAUCAAAUCAACAAAAACUAAUAAAAAUAUUGAAAUUAAAAAACCAUCUUUUAUAAUUGUUUCUUCACUUUAUGCUUUGCUAGGUUUAUUUGUAGCUGGAAAUUGUAUGUUGUACACAAUAGGUCUGCAAUAUCUCCCUGUCACAACUUAUACACUUAUUUGUGCUAGUCAAUUAGGAUUCAAUGCCCUUUUUUCCUACUUCCUAAACAAUCAAAAAUUCACCCCUUACAUAGUCAACUCAUUAGUAAUUCUCACUGUCUCCUCUUCCCUCCUCGUUCUCCACAACGACGAUUCUGGAGAACUUACCAAUAAUAAAACGUCUAGACAAAAAUAUAUAUUCGGAUUUUUGUCCACCGUAGCUGCCUCUGCUGGCUACGCGUUGAUGCUCUCUAUAACACAACUCGCUCUUCAAAAAAUAUUUAAGAGGGAGAGUUUUCGUUUAAUCAUAGAAAUGUCAGUUUAUCAGUCGAUAACUGCGACUAUGGCAAUAUUAAUAGGGCUUAUCGCUAGCGGAGAGUGGAAAAAAUUGGAGAAAGAAAUGGAGGAAUAUGAAGUAGGGAAAAUUAGUUAUGUUUUAAAUUUAAUUGGGACAUCUAUUUCUUGGCAAUUUUAUACAGUUGGUUCAAUAGGGUUGAUUUUCAAAGUAUCUUCAUUAUUUUCAAAUGUGAUAAGUAUAUUAGGUUUGCCUGUGGCUCCUGUUUUGGCUGUGAUGUUUCUUCAUGAAAAGUUGACUGGUAUCAAAGUGAUGUCAAUGUUGUUGGCAAUUUGGGGUUUUGUGUCAUAUUUGUAUCAACAUUAUCUUGAUGAUUUAAAGGACAAGGCUGCUAAAGGGGUCAAUUAGUGGAGCUCUCUCAAGCUGGUUAAUCUCAUUGAAAGAAAUUAAAUCUGUAAAUUAAAUAGUAUGACAUUUUGUAUUAAUUAUUGUACAACUCAUAAUAAUCAUAACUUUUAUGCACUCUCUUUUUGUUGUUGUUGGAUGCAUAUGUAAUUAUGUAUUACUCCAUAUGUAGUGU